AUGGCGGGUGAAUCUCGGGGCCAGCUGACUCACAAAGAGAAGAAGAAGAAGAAGAAGAAGAAGAAGAAGAAGAAGAAGAAGAAGAAGAAGAAGAAGAAGAAGAAGAAGAAGAAGAAGAAGAAGAAGAAGAAGAAGAAGAAGAAGAAGAAGAAGAAGAAGAAGAAGAAGAAGAAGAAGAAGAAGAAGAAGAAGAAGAAGAAGAAGAAGAAGAAAAAAACAAAUGCAAAGAAGCAAGGAAAAAACAACGCAAUGCAAGUCACUCUUGGUUUUGUUUGCACUAAGCAGUAA